AGAAUUAACAACGCACAAGCCUACUCAAAUUCUGCCAACUGUAACUUAGUCCACGUGUAUUACCGUCAUUGGUUCCUAUGACCUUGCUCUUCUCACUCUCAACAAACAAUACGGAGUACUGUACCUCACAAAAAACCCCUCUUAAAACUCUCUCUAGAGAUUUCCUCAAACUUCACUAAUCAUCUUCUUCUUCAAAUAUUAAUUUCUGGGUAAGUAAAGAUUUGAUCUUUGGAAAGCUGCUGCAAUGUUGUUAAGAUUAGGGUUAAUUCUUUGUAUAUUCGCAAUAAUCCCAUUAAAAUCACAAUCGGCAGUGUUAAGCAUAGAUCUGGGUUCAGAAUGGCUCAAAGUUGCUGUCGUAAAUCUAAAGCCUGGCCAACCUCCGAUUUCAAUCGCAAUCAACGAAAUGUCGAAGCGUAAAUCCCCAAAUUUAGUGUCUUUCCAAUCUGGAAUUCGUUUGAUCGGUGAAGAAUCCUCCGCUUUGAUCGCUCGUUAUCCGGACAAGGUUUACGCCCAAAUUCGUGACCUAAUCGGAAAACCCUACUCCUUUUCCAAGCAAAAGAUCGAUUCUUUCUAUUUGCCCUACCAAAUUGUCGAAGAUUCUAGAGGUGUUGCGGCGAUUAAGGUUGAUGAUGGUGAAAUUUAUUCAUUGGAAGAAAUGUUGGCGAUGAUUUUGAGUUAUUCGUUGGAUUUAGCUGAGUUUCAUUCCAAGGUUGCUGUAAAAGAUGCGGUGAUUAGUGUGCCGCCGUAUUUCGGGCAAUCGGAAAGAAAGGCGGUGAUUCAAGCUGCUCAAUUGGCUGGUGUUAAUGUGUUGUCUUUGAUUAAUGAACAUUCUGGAGCUGCAUUGCAGUAUGGAAUUGAUAAGAAGUUUGCGAAUGAUUCCAAAUAUGUUGUGUUUUAUGAUAUGGGUGCCACUUCUACUUAUGCUACUCUUGUUUAUUUCUCUGCUUAUGAUACUAAGGAUUAUGGCAAGACUCUUUCUGCCAACCAAUUUCAGGUUAAGGAUGUAGUUUGGAAUGCUGAACUUGGUGGUCAACAUAUGGAAUUGAGAUUGGUGGAGUAUUUUGCUGAUGAAUUCAAUAAGCAGCUUGGAAAUGGGGUUGAUGUAAGGAAGUUUCCUAAAGCAAUGGCAAAAUUGAAGAAGCAAGUCAAGCGUACUAAAGAAAUUUUGAGCGCCAAUACAGUGGCUCCAAUAUCGGUUGAGUCUAUCCAUGAUGAUAGUGACUUCAGGAGUUCUAUAACCCGUGAGAAGUUUGAAGAGCUUUGUGAAGAUUUGUGGGCCAAAGCUCUCAUCCCACUAAAGGAAGUUCUUCAGAAUUCAGGUUUGCGAGCUGAUGAGGUAUCUGCAGUAGAAUUAAUUGGAGGUGCCACUCGAGUUCCAAAGUUGCAGGCUAAGCUUCAAGAAUUUCUUGGUAGGAAACAGUUAGACAAACAUUUGGAUGCUGAUGAAGCUAUAGUUCUUGGUGCUGCAUUACAUGCUGCAAAUUUAAGUGAUGGAAUAAAAUUGAAUAGAAAAUUGGGAAUGAUUGAUGGUGCUACAUAUGGUUAUGUGAUGGAAUUGGAUGGUAUUGAUCUUGUGAAAGAUGAAAGUACAAAGCAAGUCCUUGUGCCGCGCAUGAAGAAGGUCCCUAGUAAGAUGUUCCGAUCAAUAAUUCACAAGAAAGACUUUGAGGUGGCUUUAACUUAUGAGAGCAAAGACUUGAUGCCACCCGGUGUUUCCUCUCCCAUAUUUGCUCAGUAUACAGUCUCUGGAUUGGCCAAUGCCACUGAGAGAUACGCAUCUAGAAAUCUCUCUGCUCCGAUCAAGGCAAACCUACAUUUCUCUUUAAGUAGAAGUGGGGUGUUAACCUUAGAUCGCGCCGAGGCUGUUAUUGAGAUAACUGAGUGGGUAGAAGUCCCUAAAAAGAAUCUGACUGUAGAUAACUCCACUUCAGCAAACAUAACUUUGAACUCAUCAACUGAAACUGCAAGUGGGAAUUCUGCAGAAGAAGGUAAUGACAAUUUGCAAAAUGAUGGCAACACAAAUAAUUCCUCUAAUUCUGGUGCUACAGAAGAUAAUAUCAAAGAGAUUAUUGAAAAGAAAUUAAAGAAGCGAACUUUCAGGGUGACCUUGAAGGUAGCCGAGAAGACAAUUGGGCCUGCAAUGUCAUUUUCUGAAAAAUCCCUGGCUGACGCGAAGCAGAAGCUGGCAGCACUUAACCAGAAAGAUGCAGAGCGAAGGAGGACAGCAGAGUUAAAAAAUAAUUUGGAAGGAUACAUUUAUUCAACCAGAGAAAAGGUUGAAACAUCUGGGGAAGUUGAAAAGGUUUCAACUAAUGAAGAGAGACAAUCAUUUAUUGCAAAGCUUGAGGAGAUCCAAGACUGGCUUUAUAUGGAUGGAGAAGAUGCUACUGCUGGAGAAUUUGAAGAACGUCUGAAGAUGUUAAAAGCUAUUGGUGACCCCAUAUUUUUCAGAAUGGAUGAAUUGACUGCUCGUCCAAAAGCAAUUGAGCAAGCUAAAAAGUAUCUAACAGAGUUAGCAGAGAUUGUACGUGGCUGGGAGAUCAGCAAAUCCUGGAUCCCAAAAGAAAAAAUUGAUGAGGUUUUGAAUCAAGCUGAUAAGUUCAGGAAGUGGUUAGAUCAGAAGCAGGCUGAACAGGAGAAGGCUUCUGCUACAAGUGAGCCUGUGUUUACUUCCGAGGAAGUGUACAACAAGUUAGCUGAUCUUCAGGCUGAGGUAACUAGGGUGAAUAGAAUCCCAAAACCAAGGCCAAAAGUAGAGAAGCCUGUUAAGAAUGACACUAACACUGAGAAAGCAGAGAAAGAUUCGAACUCUACUUCUGGCACCAGUGAGGAGAGCUCUACCAAGGAAGAUCCAGAAACUUCUGAUGGCUCAGCGACUGAUAAUGCUGACCCAGAGUCUGGAUCUCAUGAUGAACUGUGAUGUGGUGUGCUACCCCAAUGAUAAAACCAUACAAUUCAUGGUCACAAAUUACUUCUGCCGAGGGCUUUUCUUGUUGGAACAAAGUUCUUGCUCAAGGACACAUUCCUUAUCAACGUAUUUAUCUGCUCAGAGACUAGUUGGCACAGAGAUUUCCCUCGAGUAAAGUAUAUGUUGGCUUGAGCCAUAGGUUCCUGAGCCAGUUCGACCCCUUUUUAAUUGGUCUGAGAUACGAAAUUUUGUUAGAAAAUAGCAGUUACGGAUUACUUGUACUAACACCUUAUGUUGUGCUGUCUUGUUGGAACAAGUAGUUACAUUUUUACCAUAAUUAUAGCAAUCCUCUUCUUACAAAAUCUAUUACAUGUACUGAAAAAAAUAAUGCUGUCUUGCUUGUGUUUUCUUUUUCUUGGACAUUUAUCUGUAUACAGCUCACUGGACAAGCCGCUCCAUUGUUUUCUCAAA